GUGAAUUAAUUAAAUUUAUUAAACAUUGUGAUUAUUUUGUUCCAUUUUGUCCACCUCUAAUCGUAAUUUAUAAACAUGAUAUCGUUAGUACCAAAUAUUUGGCAGAUGAUAGGUGGUUUCAUAGUUGAAUACAUCGAUAUCGACGUGGACUUCACGCUCUGGCUAUCAUGGCUACUUAUGCCUUUACUUAUUACGUUUCUACUUCCUUUAGUGAUCGUCGUACUCCUUUACGCCACUGCAUCAAUUCUUUAUGUCUACAAAUUACAUAGAGCCCGAUUAAGACAUGCGUACGAAACAGAUUGGAAAAAUGCAGCGCGAAAUACAGUAGCCGCGGUUUGGGAUGCUCACGGAUGGAUAUGGCAUGGUUACGAGAUUGUUGGACUGAAUAAUAUUCCAGAAAACGAGCCAGUGUUGUUCGUUUAUUACCAUGGAGCUAUUCCGAUAGACCUUUACUAUUUCAUAUCCAAAGUAUUCCUUUACAAUUCCAAACUAAUUCACACAGUUGCCGAUCGUUUCCUAUUCAAAGUUCCUGGUUGGUCCAUCAUAUCCGAUGUUUUGAAAGUUAUUCCUGGUACAAUACAGACAUGUUCAUCUAUCUUGAAAGAAGGAAACAUGCUAGCUAUUUCUCCUGGCGGUGUUUACGAGGCACAAUUUGGGGACUGUUAUUACCGCCUUAUGUGGAAGAAGCGAUUAGGUUUCGCUAAGGUGGCACUGGAUGCUAAAGUGAAAAUAAUUCCUAUCUUUACAAGGAAUUUAAGAGAAGCAUUCAGGACAGUGAGUUGGGGUAGAAGAAUAUGGCUUCGGAUUUAUGCAGCAACCAGAUUUCCGUUUGUCCCAAUAUUUGGUGGCUUUCCAGUGAAACUUAUUACUUUUGUUGGCAAACCGAUUUCGUAUGACAGUUCUUUGUCAGCUGAAGAGCUCCAGGUGAAGGUAGCAACAGCAUUAGAAGAUUUAAUAAAGAAGCAUCAAAAAUUGCCUGGAAGCAUAACAAGGGCUCUCCUGGAGAGAGUUUACCAGAUGUCUAGUGAUGUUCGGUAUCAGGAAUAGCCUAUAUAGAUAGAUUAGAGGUCAAGUGAACUUCAGUCUAACGACUGUAUGAUGUAUUACAAUAAUAUUGAAUAUAAUUCUAUUACUAAAUAAUAGUUUCAUGCAAAGUUGACACAACAGAGUUUCAAAUACAUUUGAAUAUUUAUCCGCAACUACAAGACUCUGAGAGAAUUAUAUGUAUAUUGGAACUAGACAAUUUCGUAUACAACAUUCUUGGAUAAUCAUAACAUGAUAACUGCACUACAAAGAUCUGACUUAAUUGCCGAGAAUAUAAAUUAAGAUUGUACAUAACAUUCCACAGUGACAAAUAUUCUUUAUGAGUGUUUAUACGCACCAAAAUUUAACAAAUCAACAUAAACGUUUUACCGAAUUGACCUCGAUAUGAUGAUUUUUAGCAGGUAAUCAUUUGAAAGUACCAACAAGAAAAAAAAUAUUCUUUAUGCAUAGAGAAAUUGUUGUAUACUUUGAUUGCGCUUGCAAACAGUAUUCUUCUCUGACAACUGAUGUGAUUCAGCUCUCUGUUCUUGAUUGACUUGUUCGCUAGUACUAUCUUCCAAGCAGCGUGGACGAAAUUAGC